UGUACCCGCUGUCCCUCUGGGGUCGAGAUGGUGCAGGUGCUCAGGCGUCCUGAUGGCAGCAGUGUGUGUGUGUGUGUGUGUGUGUGUGUGUGUGUGUGUGUGUGUAUUAUUUUUUGUUAAUAUUGAUCAUGUUGAAUUCAGCAUGUAAAGAUGAAGUGUGUGUGUGUGUGUGUGUGAGGGUUUAGUAGAAGUGAGAAUGCAGCAGUGUGUGUGUGUGUGUGUGUGUGUGUGUGUGAGGGUUUAGUAGAAGUGGGAAUGCAGCUGUGUGUGUGUGUGUGUGUGUGUGUGUGUGUCUCCUGGUGAUAAUAAACAUUAACACAGAACUUUCCUCCUGUAAUAAACUCCAUGUCAGUGUGAAUCUCCCAGCAGCCUGAUGGACAGUGUGUGUGUGUGUGUGUGUGUGUGUGAGAGAGACCAUGGCGACCGCUGACCAAUCAGAGAGCGGGGCGCUCCGGCAGGGGGCGUGGUUAUGUCAGGAGAAGCGGUGGAGUUGACAUGAUAAACCCCCCAGACCGGAGAGGAGGAGCGCGUGACGGAGCAGCAGUACUGUCGGUAUGUGUGAGUGUGUGUGAGUGUGUGUGUGUGAGUGUGUGUGUGUACCCUGUAUGAUGAUGAUGAUGAUGAUGAUGAUGAGCGCGCGCCGCUGACCCCCGCACGGACCUGAGGAUGGACGAGUGCGCGCUCCUGGACCUGCUGGAGUGCUCGGUGUGUCUCGAGCGGCUGGACGCGAGCGCGCGGGUUCUCCCGUGUCAGCACACCUUCUGCCGCCGCUGCCUGGAGAACAUCGUGAGCUCGCGCCGGGAGCUGCGCUGCCCCGAGUGUCGCGUGCUGGUGGACUGCGGGGUGGGCGAGCUCCCGGCCAACAUCCUGCUCGUGCGCCUGCUGGACGGCCUGAAGCACCGCGGCACCGCCUCCCCCCCCAACACCACCGGGACCGGAACCAACACCGGGACCGGGACCGGGACCGCGCUCCUGCGGGACUCACCCAGCGCCACGCGCAGCUCCCCGGUCCAGAAUGUCCCCCAGCUCCCCUGUGGAAAGGCGCUCUACACCUACGAGGGCAAGGAGCCCGGAGACCUCAAGUUCAACAAGGGUGACAUCAUCAUCCUGCGACGGAAAGUGGAUGAGAACUGGUUCCACGGGGAGCUGAACGGGAGCCACGGCUUCCUGCCGGCCAGCUACGUGCAGUGCAUCAGGCCGCUGUCGCAGACGCCGCCGCAAGGGAAAGCGCUUUACGACUUCGAGAUGAAGGACAAGGAGCAAGACAAGGACUGUCUCUCCUUCACAAAGGAUGAAAUUCUGACGGUGAUUCGGCGAGUGGAUGAGAACUGGGCAGAAGGCAUGCUGGGAGAUAAAAUCGGCAUUUUUCCCAUCCUGUACGUAGAGCUGAACGAAGCAGCCAAGCAGCUGAUGGAGAUGGAUAAACCGGCCCCGGGGCCCAGUGCUGACUCAGAAACCCCAGCAUCGUGUCUCGGCGAGGGCCAUGGUGACGCCCCACGGCAACGCGCAGAAGGAAAGAAGAAUGCAAAGAAGCGUCACUCGUUCACGGCCCUGAGUGUGACGCAGCGCACAGCGCUCGCUAAUAACAACCGCCACUCCAUGGAAAUCAACGCAUCUGAUCCGAGAGCGAGGGUCGGAGAGUACGCGCAUCUCAGCUCCAGUGCUCCAACCUCACAGGACUCGUCGUUUAACGCCGGAGCAGCAGUGCAGCCCCGAGUGACUCCGACGUCUGGAGAGCUUCUCGCUGCGGCUAAAGUUCAGCUUCCUCUAAACAUCUACUUGGCUCUGUACGCGUAUAAACCCCAAAAGGCGGACGAGCUGGAGCUGAGGAAAGGAGAAAUGUACCGCGUGACGGAGAAGUGCCAGGACGGCUGGUUCAAGGGGACGUCACUGCGCAGCGGCGCCUCCGGAGUAUUUCCCGGGAAUUAUGUCACCCCUGUGUCCAGGGCUCCGUUUGCAGUCGGACAGUCCCGUGGUUGUAUCCCUGGAUCAGUGAUUAAGCCGGUUCCCGGUUCCCCCGGGUCGCCCCGCCCCUCCAGCCCGGUCCUGAUCAGCCCCGCCUCCCGCGCCGUCCCUCACAUGACCACAAACCCUGUGCCGUCACUCGUCACAAGCCCCGCCUCUUCGCUAGUCACAAGCCCUGCCCCUUCCCUAAGCUCAAGCCCCGCCUCCUCCCCUCACCUGAAGAACUGCCUGCGGAUGUGCGGUCAGCCCCAGCUGGGGGGCAGUCCUUACUCCUCCCCCUCUCGAUCCCCCACCCCUCUGUCUACACGCCCCCCGAUGAUCUCGUCACCUCAGGUUCACCCAGUAAGCUCGCUCAACCUGGGCGUCGCCCACCCGAACGGGGCGUCACCUCCGGAAUGUCCGUCAUCACCCAAGAUGGAGGACAAGAAAGCCGAGAAGAAAGAAAAAAAGAGCGGCGUCCUCCUCAAGCUGCUAAAGAAGAAGUCUCGCUCGCCGCCUUCCUCGUCCCCGACUCAUGACCCCACGUCCUCGUCCACGUCCGCCUCCUCCUCGUCCUCCACCUCCUCCACCUCUUCCGCGGCCGUUCACGGGGCCACGGCGGCGGAUUUCCAGGCGUUCAGCCGCGCCGGCUCGUGUCCCAUCGAGAGCGACAUGCAGGGAGCCGCCGGCAUCGAACCUCUCAACAGGAAGUGCGGCUCGCUCGACCUCGACCUGGCGCCGCGUCAGCCGUUUUUUUCCCCCACGUCCUCUUCCUCGUCCUCCACUUCCUGUUCCGCGAUGCUGGCCAUCCGUCCUGAACCCAAACCCUUAUCACGUGAGAGAUAUCGCGCCGUGGUGCCGUACCCUCCCCAGAGCGACGCCGAGAUCGAGCUCAAGCAGGGGGACAUCGUCUUCGUCCACAAGAAGAGAGACGACGGCUGGUAUAAGGGGACGCUGCAGCGCACCGGCCGCACCGGACUUUUCCCCGGGAGCUUCGUCGAGAGCUUCUGAGGAUCGAGAGACGCUCAGACACGAGACGCUCAGACACGAGACGCUCAGACACGAGACGCUCAGACAUGAGACGCUCAGACACGAGACGCUCAGACACGAGACGCUCAGCGAGGUUUCACGGCUUCACCUUGGCAGCUUUGCCGAGAGCCUGUGAGCGCUCAGAAACAUUUAGCCGUGUUCAAGUCUAUGAAUGAAAAAUUCAACAGCUUGAAGAAUGUUCAUGAAAGAAAAAGGUUUACAGAAUGUUUGUGUUUAUUUAAAAACGAUAUCUAACAUCUCAGAAGCAGCAGCUCCGUCAGAAAACCAUCAGAGGUCCAUCGAGUCUCCGGUAACCCAAGGAAGGUUCCUCAUCUGCACACACACUCUUACCUCAGAGUCACUCCAGCUGCACAGGUACUCAAGCACAGAGUAAAGCGCGCACACACACGCACACGCACACACACACGCACACACACACACACACACUUCCUCCCAGUACACCAAAAGGAAAUAUAAAAGCAACAAUAACAAACCCUGCGAAUCCUCUCUUACAUUUCUCCUUAACGUGAACUCGUCUGUGGUUGUUCAGUCCGAGGUUUCAGAGUGUCUGGGCUUCAGCGAGGAUUAAAGCUGAAAUUUGUAGUAACGAAGGGUUAAAAACUCCAAUAUGAGCACAAGCAGUUGGAUGAGAAACAGCGUGUGUCUUGUAUCAGACUCGGUUUGUAAAGAUUUCAUUGUUUUAUUGUUUUACUUCUUGAACAAUCUGAAGACCCCAGCAGGAGCCGUAACGCUGUCACACGGGUGUACCGACGUUCUCAUGAUGUUCACCGUCAGCACAAUGUUGUCUUUGCAGGUUAGAAUGACUUUGAUAAACCAGUGUUGAAAUAACGUUGAAUGAACGCUGCAUGUACAACCCCAAAACAACGUACUCAUUUAUUUAGAGCGCAUUCCUCAGUUAAUGUCCGAGCACAUCCAUGCUCCCUUAAUCUUCUAACAGGGUUAGAAGAUCUUCUGAUUGGUGAUCAGGACGGACGCCACAGCGUGUGUGUGUG